UAGCAAUCUCUGAUCCUACCGAGGAUCCAUCGUCGUCGGUCAAUCCUCUCGGUUACGAGCAUAUCGAUCACGCUCACUUCAUGGUCAACGACAUUAGCAAGUUAUAUCUAAAUGAAAAGUUUUCCGAUGUUGUUUUCGUUGUAAAUAAUGAAGAAUUCCACGCACAUCGUGUUUUAUUAGCCUCACGCAGUGAAUAUUUUAGCUUAUUACUGUAUGGAGAGCAUAUAGAAUCUCGAGAAAUGAAGGUGCCAAUAAAAGAAGGAUCAGCAACUUCAGUUAAAGUUCUUCUUCAGUAUAUUUAUUUCGGUCGAAUGGAUUUAAGUAUUCUUGAGAGUAAUAUCAUUUUGGAAUUAUUAAUUCUCUCGAAUGUAUGGCGUUUUACAAACUUACAAUUUUCAAUCACCGAGUAUUUGCGGAGGAAUAUUAAUGUACAUAAUGUUAGUUCUUUGUUUGCUGUGGCACUUUACUACCAACUCAAAGAACUCGAAGUCGAUGCGCUCAGCUAUAUGGUCACCCACGUUAAGGACGUUUUGCAAUCUGAAGAUUCUGUCUCUUUGACGCCCGUAUUUAUCUUUUAUAUCAUUAAAUCAAUAUUUCUCGUGUUAAGUAACUAG